AUGUCAGCCAACCUCACCCCGGAGUCAAGACUCCCUCUUCCAUCAAGUUCCGCCAAAAUUCCCGUCCUUGGUCUCGGAGUCUGUGUAUCAUCAAGAUGUGAACAAUCCGUCUUGUCCGCCCUCGAUAAGGGAUACCGCAGCGUCGACACUGCGCAAAUCUACUACAACGAGCGCGAAACCGGUACUGCCGUCAACAAAUUCCUGUCUCAGAAUCCAUCAGUCAAGCGCGAGGACAUUUUCGUCUGCUCAAAGUUGUGGGAAACAGAUUUGAGCAGAGAUGACAUGCCCGCUUCUUUUGACGAAUUGUGCAAUGCUGGACCUUGGCCUUUGAACAGUCUUGAAGCUGGCCACACCACGUAUUCCAAGGAAGCUGCGUUGGAGGGAAUCAACAAGAGUCUCAAGACUUCAGGUCUCGGUUACUUUGACUUGUAUCUCCUUCACAACCCUCGUCCUGGCGCUGAAGCACGCCAUCAAGCCUGGCUGGGACUCCAAGAAGCGCUCAAAUCCGGCAAGGCCAAGGCCAUCGGUGUCAGCAAUUGGUCUCCCGCACACAUUGAUGCUCUGAUGGCUCACUCGGACGUCGAUAUCUUGCCAGCUGUGAACCAAAUCGAAUUUCACCCUUGGAACCAACAAGGCGUUAUCCUCGACUACUGCCGCUCAAAGGGCAUUGUGGUGACAGCCUACUCACCCUUGACCCAAGGAAAACGUCUCAAUGACCCCGUCAUCAAAAAGAUUGCCGAAAAGCAUGGCAAAACUGCUGCUCAGAUUGUUUUGAGAUGGUGCUUGCAAAUGGGCAUUUCCAUCAUUCCAAAGAGCGAUCGUGAUGAACGCAUCGCGGAGAAUGCGAAUAUCUUUGGCUGGGAGCUCGAUGGAGAGGACAUGGUGGAGACUGAAAAGUUGGACGAGGGCCAGAAGGGCAACAUUGGAGAGUGGGAUCCUUUUGCUUACAAGUGA